AUGUUGUCAAGAGCCUUAACAGCGAAGUCCAGAAAGAGCCUCAAAAAUGAAGAUCAAGACCCACUACAAGGCUACACCACCAGCUCGUUCAACGACUACGAAGACUGCAUCGUAGGGUUCAUGCAGGACCUGGCACUUGUCCGCUGCGGACACGACAGGAAGUGUCUUGGAUGUGGGGAAGAGCUGUCCCACUUGACGCUGAGGGGUGUGCUGAGAGGUUCGGUGGGUGUGAUAGGGGAGAGCAGGCUGGGGAUGACUGAGAAGGUGGUGUUGUUGGGAGGAAAGGUUUGUGCUGUGAAGAGGUUUAGGAAAGUGAGCUCUGGGAGCCGUGAGUUUGGGAAGAGAAUAGAGCACUUGGCUAAGGUGAGUGAGAAGAGUGAGUAUCUUGUGCCUGUCAUUGCUUAUUUGUAUGCUAAGAGGAUCAAGUUUGUUCUCUCUGAUUACUACCCCAUGGGAAGCCUUGCUGACUUGCUUGUUGGUGCUAGGCAACAUGGUCACACAGCAUUGGAUUGGAACCAAAGGCUGACCAUAGUUGUUCAUAUUGCACGAGCAAUUGCAUUCAUCCAUGAGCAAUACCCUCCAUAUGACAAGAAGAUGCAGAUGAACGUGCAUGGGAGCAUUAGGGUAUGCCAUGUGAUGGUGAACAUCGACUUCUCAGCCUGCUUGUCCGAUUAUGGAUUCACCCAAUUGGCGGAGCCGGUCGAAAUUACCAACACGUGGCAGGUGAUGAAAUCGCCAUGCUGGCAGCAAAUAACUCCUUACUGUGAUGAACUGAGUCAGAAGAGUGACAUUUACAACUUUGGGGUGAUACUGCUGGACGUAUUGGCAGGACCAAAGGGUUUGAAAAUGACAAAAGGCAAGGAAAAGAAGGAAGGCCUGAAAUUGGAAGGUGGUUCGGAGUUUUUUGAGUUUGCUGUGAAGGAAGGGAAAGAAAGAAGGCAAGUGUCUAGGGUUUUGGACAUUGCUUUUGCAUGUACAAGUGCCAAACCAGAGGCUAGGCCUUCUAUAGAAGAGAUAUAUUGUUAUCUCUUGGAGAUAUUGUAA